AACGCGGGGAAGGGAGGAAGGAAACGAACGAGGGGGAGGGAGGUCUCUGUUUUGGAGAAGCUGGGAGCUUUGCCGGCCCCUGAAGUGGAGCACGAGGGUGGUGCUUCGCCGUUUCUCUUGCCGGGGGAGGUCCCGGCAUCCCGUGGAGACUCCGGACCAAGCCCCUUCAGCUUCUCCCUCCGGAUCGAUGUGCUGCUGUUAACCCGUGAGGAGGCGGCGGCCGCGGAAGAUGGUGUUCCUGAGAGUGUUAAUUCUGCUCCUCUCCUGGGCGGCGGGGCUGGGAGGUCAAUAUGGAAACCCUUUAAAUAAAUACAUUAGACAUUAUGAAGGAUUAUCUUAUGAUGUGGAUUCAUUACACCAAAAACACCAGCGUGCCAAAAGAGCAAUUUCACAUGAGGACCAGUUUUUACGUCUAAAUUUCCAUGCCCAUGGAAGACAUUUCAACCUACGGAUGAAGAGGGAUACAUCCCUUUUCAGUGAUGAAUUUAAAGUUGAAACAUCAAAUAAAGUACUUGAUUAUGAUACCUCUCAUAUUUACACUGGACAUAUUUAUGGUGAAGAAGGAAGUUUUAGCCAUGGGUCAGUUAUUGAUGGAAGAUUUGAAGGAUUCAUCCAGACUCGUGGUGGCACAUUUUAUGUUGAGCCAGCAGAGAGAUAUAUUAAAGACCGAACUCUACCCUUUCAUUCUGUCAUUUAUCAUGAAGAUGAUAUUAACUAUCCCCAUAAAUAUGGUCCACAGGGGGGCUGUGCAGAUCACUCAGUAUUUGAAAGGAUGAGGAAGUACCAGAUGACUGGUGUAGAGGAAGUAACACAGACACCCCAAGAACAUGCUGUUAAUGGUCCAGAACACUUGAGGAAAAAACGUACAACUUCAGCUGAAAGAAAUACUUGUCAGCUUUAUAUUCAGACUGAUCAUCUGUUCUUCAAAUAUUAUGGAACACGAGAAGCUGUGAUUGCCCAGAUCUCCAGUCAUGUUAAAGCAAUUGAUACAAUUUACCAGACCACAGACUUCUCUGGAAUCCGUAACAUCAGUUUCAUGGUGAAACGAAUAAGAAUCAACACAACUGCUGAUGAGAAGGACCCUACAAAUCCCUUUCGUUUCCCAAAUAUUGGUGUGGAGAAGUUUCUGGAAUUGAAUUCUGAGCAGAAUCAUGAUGACUACUGUUUGGCCUAUGUGUUCACAGACCGAGAUUUUGAUGAUGGUGUUCUUGGUCUGGCUUGGGUUGGAGCACCUUCAGGAAGCUCUGGAGGAAUAUGUGAAAAAAGUAAGCUGUAUUCUGAUGGUAAGAAGAAGUCCUUAAACACUGGAAUUAUUACUGUUCAGAACUAUGGAUCUCAUGUACCCCCCAAAGUCUCUCACAUUACUUUUGCUCAUGAAGUUGGACAUAACUUUGGAUCUCCACAUGAUUCUGGAACAGAGUGCACUCCAGGAGAAUCUAAGAAUUUAGGACAGAAAGAAAAUGGCAAUUACAUCAUGUAUGCAAGAGCAACAUCUGGGGACAAACUUAACAACAAUAAAUUCUCACUCUGUAGUAUUAGAAAUAUAAGCCAAGUUCUUGAGAAGAAGAGAAACAACUGUUUUGUUGAAUCCGGCCAGCCUAUUUGUGGAAAUGGGAUGGUAGAGCAAGGUGAAGAAUGUGACUGUGGCUACAGUGACCAGUGUAAGGACGAGUGCUGCUACGACGCAAACCAACCGGAGGGGAAGAAAUGCAAGCUGAAGCCUGGGAAGCAGUGCAGCCCAAGUCAAGGUCCCUGUUGUACAGCACAGUGUGCAUUCAAAUCAAAAACUGAAAAGUGUCGGGAUGAUUCAGACUGUGCAAAGGAAGGAAUAUGUAAUGGCAUCACAGCUCUGUGCCCAGCCUCUGAUCCUAAACCCAACUUUACAGACUGUAAUAGGCAUACACAAGUGUGCAUUAAUGGGCAAUGUGCAGGUUCUAUCUGUGAGAAGUACGGCUUGGAGGAGUGUACCUGUGCCAGUUCUGAUGGCAAAGAUGAUAAGGAAUUAUGCCAUGUCUGCUGUAUGAAGAAGAUGGAUCCAUCAACUUGUGCCAGUACAGGGUCUGUGCAGUGGAGCAAGCACUUUGUUGGUCGAACCAUCACCUUGCAACCUGGAUCCCCCUGCAAUGAUUUUAGAGGCUACUGUGAUGUUUUCAUGCGGUGUCGAUUAGUAGAUGCUGAUGGUCCAUUAGCUAGGCUUAAAAAAGCAAUUUUUAGUCCAGAGCUCUAUGAAAACAUUGCUGAAUGGAUUGUGGCUUAUUGGUGGGCUGUAUUACUUAUGGGAAUUGCCCUGAUCAUGCUAAUGGCUGGAUUUAUUAAGAUAUGCAGUGUUCAUACUCCAAGUAGUAAUCCAAAGCUGCCUCCUCCUAAACCUCUUCCAGGCACUUUAAAGAGGAGGAGACCUCCACAGCCCAUUCAGCAACCCCAGCGUCAGAGGCCCCGGGAGAGUUAUCAAAUGGGACACAUGAGACGUUAACUGCAGCUUUUGCCUUGGUUCUUCCUAGUGCCUACAAUGGGAAAACUUCACUCCAAAGAGACACCUAUUAAAUCAUCAUCCCCAAACUAAGCCCUCACAAAUACAGUCGAAGAAAAAAAUGGCAAGAGAUCAUGUCCUCAGACCAGGUGGAAUUACAUAAGUUUUAAAGCCUGAAAAUUCCAAUUUUUGGGGUGGGGGGAUGGAAAAGGAACCCAAUUUUCUUAUGGACAGCUAUUUUUAAUGUAAUGGCACAAAGUCUUAGAAUAUUAUGAUGUGCCCCGUGUUCCCUGUUCUUCGUUGCUGCAUUUUCUUCACUUGCAGGCAAACUUGGCUCUCGAUAAACUUUUAUCACAAAUUGAAAUAUAUAUAUAUUUUUUUCAACUGCCAAUCAAGGCUAAGGAGGCUCGACCACCUCAACAUUGGAGACAUCACUUGCCAAUGUACAUACCUUGUUAUAUGCAGACAUGUAUUUCUUACGUACACUGUACUCCUGUGUGCAAUUGUAAACAAAUUGCAAUAUGGAUGUUUCUUUGUAUUAUAAAAUUUUUCCGCUCUUAAUGAAAAAUUACUGUUUAAUUGACAUACUCAGGAUAACAGAGAAUGGUGGUAUUCAGUGGUCCAGGAUUCUGUAAUGCUUUACACAAGGCAGUUUUGAAGUGAGAAACAAUUUACCUUUUUAUAAUGAUGGAGUCGGUUCUGAUAUUCAUCUUGUCUUCAUCAAAUGGCUGCUAAGAGCACAUGAGCGGCUAUGCUGAAGAACACAGUUACGUGUGCAGACUGGACAUAUGCAGCAUACUACUUCAGAGUUAGUUCCUACACAGAUGUCUCAUUUCUGCUUACUUAUUUUAAACUUUCUAAUUCAAUUCCAGUUUUGAAUUGAUAGGUGAAAUUUUAUUCAUGGCUUUGGUAGAAAUUAUGUCAAUGAAAUGAUUUUUUUUGUUUGUUUGUAGCCUGUUAUUUGUGCUUUCCAUAUAUCUAAAGUAUGCUAAUUAUGUUUUUGGUUUUCUCUGAUCUGGAAAAGAAAAGCUGGGUCUUUUAUUUUAUCAAAGUACCAGAACAGUUUUUUCAGCAUAUUAUCACUGAUCAUUGGUAACCACUAAAGAAGGGUGAUUUGCUCAACUAGUAGUUAAAAUUGUAGAUAGGCCUUCUGACUUUUUUUUUCCCCUAAAAUAUUUUAACAAUGAAGGUGAAACAGCACAAUGUCCCAUUCCAAAUUUAUUUUUUAAACAGAUGUAAAUAAUUGGCUUUUUAAAGAAAGAAAGCAAAAUCAUUUAAUGUAUUAACAGGCUUAUUGCUAUGCAGGAAUGGAAGGGGGCAUUAUAAAAAAAUUUUAAGCUUGUGACAUAUUUAUUGCUUCUGUUUUCCAACUACAUCACUUAAAUUAGAAGUAAACAGCUAUGAUUUUUCUGGCUUCACAUAGGAGGCAAAUUUAGGGAAUGGUGAAAAGAUUUGUGUUUUUGGCUUUUUUUUUUUCCUUUUUGUUUCUUAAGAGUAUAAGGUUUACACAAUCAUUCUCAUAAUGUGACGCAAGCCAGCAAGGCCAAAAAUGCUAGAGAAAAUAAUGGGAUCUCUUCCUUGUAAACUUGUACAGUAUGUGGUGACUUUUUUCAAAAUACAGCUUUUUGUACAUGAUUUAGAGACAAAUUUUGUACAUGAAACCCCAGAUAGACUAUAAAUAAUUCUAAACAAACAAGUAGGUAGAUAUGUAUGUAAUUGCUUUUAAAUCAUUUAAAUGCCUUUGUUUUUGGACUGUGCAAAGGUUGGAAGUGGGUUUGCAUUUCUAAAAUGGUGACUUUUAUUCUGCAAGAGUUCUUAGUAACUUCUUGAGUGUGGUAGACUUUGGAACAUGUACAUUUUUUGCCUGUAAUGUUAUCCUGUGGUAGGGUUUUGGCAGGUACACACUGCCCUAUUUUAUUUUGAGUCUAAGUUAAAUGUUUUCUGACAAGAGAUACGUGCACUGAACUCUUUCCACUGCAAAUCAAGAUGUGGUAAAACAAAAGGAUCAAGACAAAUGAGAUCUAAUACUACUGUCAGUUUAAUGUCCACUGUGUUUUAUACAGUAUCUUUUUGUUCACUUUGGAAAUUUUUACUAAAAAUUGCAAAAAAUAAAGUAUUGUGCAAAGAUGUAAGGUUUUUUGAAACUUGAAAUGCAUUAAUAAAUAGACUUGAUGAAAUCAA